GGCGGAGUCAGCCCGCGCUCCGCCCGCCGUGCUUCGAGCUCGGAGGUCCGGACUCCGGGCUCGCCGCCUGCCGGGCCGGUUCCGCGCCCCGAACUCCCGCGCCCCGCGCCCCGCGCCCCGCUCCCCGGCGGGCGGAGCGCACCAUGCCGCAGCUGGACUCCGGCGGGGGCGGCGCGGGCGGGGGCGACGACCUGGGCGCGCCUGACGAACUGCUGGCCUUCCAGGACGAGGGCGAGGAGCAGGACGACAAGAGUCGCGACAGCGCCGCGGGCCCCGAGCGCGACCUGGCCGAGCUCAAGUCGUCGUUGGUCAAUGAGUCCGAGGGCGCGGCGGGCGGCGCGGGGGUCCCGGGGGCCGGCACCGGGGCCCGCGACGAGGCGGAGGUCGGGGGUGAGGCGCUCGGACGGGAGCACGCUUCGCAGAGACUUUUCCCGGACAAACUUCCAGAGUCUCUGGAGGACGGCCUGAAGGCCCCGGAGUGCGCCAGCGGCAUGUACAAAGACACCGUCUACUCCGCCUUCAAUCUGCUCAUGCACUACCCUCCCCCCUCGGGAGCAGGGCAGCACCCCCAGCCGCAGCCCCCGCUGCACAACAAGGCCAGUCAACCAGCCCACAGCGUCCCACAACUCUCUCCUCUCUAUGAACAUUUCAGCAGCCCACACCCUACACCUGCACCAGCUGACAUCAGCCAGAAACAAGGAGUUCACAGGCCUCUGCAGACCCCCGACCUCUCUGGCUUCUACUCUUUGACCUCAGGCAGCAUGGGACAACUCCCCCACACUGUGAGCUGGCCCAGUCCUCCUCUCUACCCCUUGUCCCCUUCCUGCGGAUAUAGACAGCACUUCCCUGCCCCCACUGCAGCCCCUGGCGCCCCCUACCCCAGGUUCACCCACCCAUCCCUGAUGCUGGGCUCUGGUGUACCUGGUCACCCUGCAGCCAUCCCCCACCCGGCCAUCGUACCUCCCUCAGGGAAGCAGGAACUGCAGCCGUAUGACCGGAGCCUGAAGACACAGGCAGAAUCCAAGGUGGAAAAGGAGGCCAAGAAGCCAACCAUCAAGAAGCCCCUCAACGCCUUCAUGCUGUACAUGAAGGAGAUGAGAGCCAAGGUCAUUGCAGAGUGCACACUCAAGGAGAGUGCUGCCAUCAACCAGAUCUUGGGUCGAAGGUGGCAUGCACUGUCUCGGGAAGAGCAAGCCAAGUAUUAUGAGCUGGCCCGAAAGGAGAGGCAGCUGCACAUGCAGCUGUACCCAGGCUGGUCAGCGCGGGACAAUUAUGGGAAGAAGAAAAGGCGGUCUCGGGAAAAGCACCAGGAAUCCAACACAGAUAACUCUCUUCACUAUUCCUAGGAGGAAAAAGAAAUGCAUUCGGUACUUACCCGGAGAAGGCCGCUGCCCCAGCCCCGUUCCUUCCGAUGACAGUGCUGUAGGCUGCCCCGGGUCCCCAGCCCCCCAGGACUCGCCCUCAUACCUCCUGCUGCCCCACCUCCCCACAGAACUGCAUGCUAGUCCUGCGGAGCCAGCGCCUACAUCACCAGGGCUCUCGGCCGCGCUCAGCCUCCCAGUCCCCUGGACUCCCCCAGGCCCUCCCCAGCACCCUGCAGAGUACACAGGUGCAACGAGAGGAAUCUCAGAGACAGGCAGCCUAGCAUGCACAGGGCACCUGGCUGCCUUCAGGGGCCCAUCCUCCGAGAGGAAGCGACAGAGCCCCAAAGCACAUGGAAA